AUCACCAUCAGUCAAUAAAUAAUGGUAUCUCUUUUGGUCAGAGAACCAUACUCCGGAAAAGAAAAAAUGGGGCUUAUUCCUAUCGCACCCUCACUCAGUUUUUCCUGCUAUUUCAUUGUCUUUCUCAGGUUGUUCUUGGUGGAGGUGGAGGUAGCUGUGGCUCAAAAUAAUACGGCCACCACAACAAUUCCAGUGAAUGUGGGUAUGAUUCUUGACUUGGAUGAAUGGACGGGAAAGUUAGGGCUGAGCUGCCUUAACAUGGGUCUUUCCGACUUUUAUUCCAAUCAUAGUGACUAUAGAACCAGGCUGGUUUUAAACACAAGGAAUUCCAAGGGAGAUGUUGUUGGGGCAGCUGCUGCCGUUUUGGACUUGAUCAAGAAUGCACAGGUACAAGCAAUCAUAGGGCCCGAGAAUUCAAUGCAGGCAAACUUCAUCAUAGACGUCGGAAACAAAGCUCAAGUACCCAUCAUCUCCUUCUCCGCAACCAGUCCUUCCCUUUCCUCCAUCCGGCACCCAUAUUUUUUCCGAGCAACACAUAGUGACUCGUCUCAAGUCAAAGCUAUUAGUGCCAUAAUCAAAGCCUUUGGAUGGAGAGAAGCCGUGCCCAUAUACGUAGACAACGAGUUUGGAGGAGGGGUCAUACCAUAUUUGUUCGAUGCCUUGGAAGAGAUCAACGUCCGAAUUCCCUACCGGAGUGUUAUUUCUCCGGGGGCUACUGAUCAAGAAAUUGAAGAAGAGCUACACAAGUUAACGACAAAGCAGACUAGAGUCUUUAUAGUUCAUAUGACCUCAGUUCUUGGGUCUAGGCUUUUUGAUAUAGCAAAAGAGGUUGGAUUGAUUAGUGAAGGGUAUGUUUGGGUAAUGACUAACGGGAUGACUAAUCUGUGGAGUUGGAUGGAUCAUUCUGAUAUGGAAUCAUUGCAGGGUGUGUUAGGUAUCAGGAAUUAUGUUCCAAAAACAACAGAGUUGGAAAGUUUUAAGGGUCGAUGGAAAAGGAAAUUUCUGCAAAAUAAUCCAAGCAUGGUCAAUGCCGAAUUGGAUAUUUUUGGGUUAUGGGCUUAUGAUGCUGCAUUUGCACUAGCCAUGGCGGUCGAGAAACUUAGCAAUGCAAAUUCCAGCUUUGAAGAGUCAAAAGGUGUUGGAAGUGCAAGAACAGAUCUUGAAUCUUUGGGGAUUUCUCAAAAUGGUCCCAAACUCAUCCAAGCUUUGUCAAGUAUGAGAUUUAAGGGCCUCAGUGGAAAUUUUGAGUUCGUUAAUGGGCAACUUGAACCCUCUGUUUUCCAGAUUGUUAAUGUGAUUGGAAAUGGUGAAAAGGCAAUUGGGUUCUGGACGUCCAAAUAUGGACUGAUUAAGAAACUGAAUUUUACAAAUGUAAAGGGAUAUUCUACUUCAAGGGCAAAUCUUGGAACCAUCAUAUGGCCAGGAGAUUCCCAUUCCGUUCCCAAAUCGAAGAGGUUGAAGAUUGGUGUUCCAGUGAAGAAAGAAUUUUCAGAAUUCGUUAGCGUACCACCGGGUUCAAGUCCCAAUUCAAGUGUCAUCCCCACGGGCUACUCCAUAGACGUCUUCGAAGCCGUUAUGAAAGAAAUGCCAUACUCCGUCCACUAUGAUUUCUAUGCCUUUGUAAAUACCGGCGGAAAGCCUGCCGGAAGUUACAAUGAUCUGAUCGAUCAAGUCUUUUAUGGGAAAUAUGAUGCAGUGGUUGGAGACAUUUCUAUCGUUGCGAAUAGGUCACUGUACGUCGACUUCACAUUGCCUUAUAUGGAGUCGGAUGUGGUGAUGAUGGUUCCAAUUAAAAACAAUUCAAACAAGAAUGCCUUGGUGUUCUUGGAACCUUUGACAGGUGACCUCUGGGUCACGAGCACUUGCUUCUUCGUCUUGAUCGGGUUUGUCAUCUGGGUCCUUGAACACAGAAUUAGUGACGAUUUUCGUGGACCGCCUUCACAUCAAGUCGGAACAAGCCUCUGGUUCUCUUUCGCAAUCUUGGUCUUUGCCCAUCGGGAGAGAGUGGUGAGCAAUUUGUCAAGGUUUGUGGUGAUAAUAUGGUGCUUUGUGGUACUCGUUCUUACACAGAGCUACACAGCCAGUUUAACUUCUCUUCUAACGGUUAAACAGCUGCAGCCGACAGUAACAGAUGUGAAUGAGCUAUUGAAGAGUGGGGAAAAUGUUGCGUACAAGGAAGGCUCCUACAUAAAAGAAUUCAUCCAGCGGUUGAAUUUCAAUUCGGCCAAUGUGAAGACAUACAGUACGUCCGACGUUCUUGAUGAACUUUUUACCAAGGGAAGCGCCAAUGGUGGAAUCGCAGCCGCUUUCGCCGAAACACCUUACGUGAACAUGCUUCUUGAAAAAUAUUGCAUGAAGUACACCGCUGCUGGACCAACUAUUAAGACUGGUGGCUUUGGAUUUGUUUUUCCAAAAGGUUCUCCUCUUGUAGCGGAUGUUUCGAGGGCAAUUUUAAAUGUCACUGAAAGUGAUAAAAUGAGAGAAAUUGAAAACAAAUGGUUGAAGAAACAUUGUACUGUUUCCAGUACCUUGGUCUCUUCUAACAGGCUGGAUCUUGGGAGCUUUUGGGGCCUCUUUCUCAUUGCUGGGGUUGCUGCGGCAUUAGCUCUCAUCAUCUUUGUGGCCGAUUUUCUAUACAAGCAAAGGGAUGUCUUGCGUGGCUCUGAAGUUUCGGCCUGGAAACGAAUCCUUCAAGUGUUAAGAAACUUUGACCAGAAAUAUCCGAGCUCUCAUACCUUUAGGCAAAAUGAAUUAACUGAGGGAAGGCGAAUUGAUUACAUAGGAAUGAUGGGCGCUGUUGAAGCCUCGCCAAACACCAACUGCCUGCCUUGUGCAUCAAACUCGAACCAGACAGAUUUGAGCUCUGUUUUCUUCGGAGAGCAGGGAAGGCCUUCAACUAGUCAUGAAGUUGAAGACACAAGCAGCAUACCAUCUCCAGAAAUAGCAAUUCAUGAGCAUACAACAUUUCUAGAAGCUACAAAAGAAAAACAUACAGUAAACGAAUAGAUUUGUUAGCAAGAAAAUAAAAUGGAGGAUAUACCUUCAAGUGUGGUUGAACAUAUUUAGAAAUUACAUGGAAAAGUGCAUGAAGUACUAGUUCUGGCAAAUAUUAUACAAGACACCCUAUCAGUUUAAGUUGUUCAAGCUUUGGGGCUUUUGAGCCGAAGCACUUUUGUUUUCAUUACUGUUAUUAUUAUUAAACGUCAUAUGUUUAA